AUUUCCCAGUGUCCAAUGAGACGUGGGCACGUGCAGCGAAUCCCGCGUCUCCCCCGUGGCGGGAACCGUGUGACUGUCCGGCGGCCUCCCGCGCUGCGCAGCCGAGACCCGCUGUCUCCGAACAGUGAAAUCUCUUGACUCCUCGGUUUCUUAUUCCCGCUUCUGAGCCAGCAUGAGUGCCAGGAAGCCGCCCAUCGGCAGGAGUCCAGCCAGUUCCCCCGAGAAACCUACCAUCCCAUAUUGUUUUCCGUAAGAGAAUGUGAAGGGUUCAAACCCCCCCACGCCAAAAAGCAUGAGAUCCAACACUGGUGCCAAUGCUCUGAAAGACAUUGGUAGUACGCCGAUGUCUACUGAGAGACCUGGAGCCCAAGACCCUGAAUCCAUUGCCAGUGAGGACAGAGAAUUCACUAUUAACUUAGGUAAAAAUGGAGUGGAGUAUGUGGUGAAAGGCAAAGCCAAUGACAGUAUUUACAGGGCUCUGAUGGCUCUGAAAGAUAUCCGGACUCACAUCAAGAAGCAGCAGGGCAAGGAGAUGCAUCUGCAGGGGAAGAGGGAGAUUAAGGGGUUUGUGAACUUGGGAAUGCCCCUCAAGUGCCUGCCUCAGAAGUCCCACUUCGAAAUGAAGUUUUAUAAAGUGAAGGGAGACCAGGGAGGUGGUGAGCAAGGAUACCGCCAACUCGACAGCACAGGGACUGAAUGCGUUGUAUUUUAUAUUGCACCCAUUGGAAAGAAAGGGCCUGAUGGGGCACAAAUUCAAAAAAUAAUGCGCCAGGAGUUUAUAAAAGAGCGCUGCAAGAUAUGCGUCUUUGCCCCGAAAGGAGAGACCAUCAAGAAUGCUUUGUGCGAGGAUGGACGGUUUCUGCCCCUCUUGGAGGAAAAGGAGUGGGAUCUAAUGGAGAACAACGAAACAUUAUACAAUAGUCACUAUUCUGUCGAUGACUUAGACAGUCGGUCAUUUGAGGUGGAGGUUGUAUCUGAGCGUGCUGUUAAGGCAAGGAAUGAGCAGCGUGGUGGGGCCGCUCGGGAGCGACAGGGGGAAGCAUUCUAUCAAUUUGAAAAAGCUCUUCUGGCCCAGUAUCCUGAAUUAAAGAACCAAAGUGAAUUGAUCAAAGAGUUCUUUGAAGAGGAAGUUACAGAGUCAGGCAAACAUGUCAAAGCUCUGCUGGAAUUGCAUAGAAAAAAUUUUAGUAAGGAGGCGAAGAACUCCACUCCGGUUCGGGUGCAUAAACUCCUUGCUGGACUCAGCAACUCCGUAGGGGAUGUAGAAUGGGACUACAACGGAAACAGGGGCUGUGCCACUUGCUUUGUGUUAUGUGAUGGGUACAUCCUCACCUGUCAUCACGUGGUGAGAGAUAUAGCAGGACCAGGAGUUGAGGAGCAGCACUGGGCAGAAAUUAGUCAGUCUGUCAAGGUUUCCUUCUCUUAUGAAAACAGUCAUCCUAAGGAAGAUGAUUGGUUCUACGUAGAGCCUUGUUGGGAAGUCUCAGACCGGGCUCUUGAUUACGCCAUCUUGAAAUUGAAGGAAAGGAGCUCUAAAUUCCCAAAUGGGUUGGCAAAAUAUAUAUCUUCACCACCAUAUAGCGGCCUGAUUUAUAUUAUUGGCCACCCAGAUGGAAAGGAGAAGUCCACAGAUGGGUGUUCUAUAGUAACUCCACUUGAGCGGGGGUGGCGAUGCAUUGAACGCCUCCAGAAAAGGCAGGUGGAAGGCCACAGCAGUACCAAUUGUGGUACCAUCUCUGAGAGCGGAAACAGCCAAUGCAUCCACAUGUUCACUCCAAGGAGCUUCCAGGAAGUGACUGCCAAUCCUAACGUAGUCACCUAUGACACCAGUUUCUUCUGUGGCUCCUCAGGCUCACCUGUGUUUGAUGCGUCUGGACGCCUGAUCGCCAUGCACACCGCUGGCUAUUUGUACAGUUACUGUAAACAGGAGCACAGCAUUGUUGAGUGGGGCCAGUUGAUAAAAGUCAUUUUGUCUGAUAUCAAAAAGAAGAAUCCAGAGUGGUAUAAGUCUGUGCUCGAAGGCCAUCUGAGAGAUACUGGUGGCUCUGAGGUCACUGCGGAGGUUCUCCAUAAUAACCGUGAGGGAGCCCUCAGUGCUGAGACCAAUGAUGUGAAAAUGGAAAGUGACAGCGACUUGGAAAAUGAGACUUAGUGGCAGGGUUAAUUCCAUCUCCGAGACCCAUUGCCUGAAUCCUUGCAAUGCUUUUCCAAUGCCAUCUCCCAAUGGCUGGUGUGUUGGAACAAUUUUAUCUCUGCGUUCCAUAACCUUUGUCAUCCGACUUAUUUUUGCUUGGCAGUUCCCAUCAAAAUUGACCUGUGGACUUACCCACCCAUAAAAUCCCCAUUCAGCUGACUUGGCUUCACUUAAUCCACGUGAAUGAUCACUUGCACCUUGGAAGGUGGUGGUGGUAAGAAGAGACCCAUACCUUCAUGGGUCCUGUUCCAUCAUUUGGGCUGUGUAACAUGCAUCUUCACUGCCAAGAGAUGCAACUAAUUAGUGGGCUGUUAAAAUGGAUUCUGUAAUUAAGCAAUCUUUUAAAAUACAAUGUUCUGUCUCCCACAGGAAGAACCUCACUCUGAGGCCUUUGUUUCUGGUAAUGAAGCAACAGGGUCAGAGUUUCAAAUCAGGGAAAUUUUAAACCAGAAAUCUAAUCCAAAAAUGUACGAUUUCUUAAAUUUUGUCCGUGUCUUAUUUUUUAAACUAAGUCAUGAAAAUAAGUGUUAUAAAACCUUAACCCAAUCCAUAGUCUAUCAGGGAGGGAUUGAACCAUACUGCAGGGUUUUUUGUUUCAUGCUGAGGUUUUGUCUCCACAAAAAAGUUGUACCAGUUUAAAGGUGUGAAAUUAAACUGAUUAGUUCACACAGAGAUCUGCACUAGUUAAACUAAAUCACUUUCAUUUCACAUCUUUGUUUUAACCGAUGCAACUUUCUCAUGGCCUCAAAACCAGCUGAGUCUUUACAGAACUGUUUCAUCUGGCAAACAAGCUUUAUGGAGAAUAGAAACUUUGUGGGUUAAGAGGAAGCAACUAAUAAAACAGUUGCUUUACUUGAUUAGAAUGAAAAGACCCCGGGACAGCAGCAUCAGUUUACCCAGAUGUGGUUAAUUUGACUCGCCGAGAUUGAAAGGUGAACUGCAAACCACUUUUAAAACGGUGCUUGUGCUGUCUAAUACCUCCAAGAGGCAAAAAGGUUUGAAAGUUCUUACUUUGUGUGUCUUGAUCUCUGCUAUGUCUCAUGGAGCUUCAUUGUGAAUUCUCGCUCCUUGACUAAAAGGGUGAGGGUGUUGAAUCUUCCUUUAUCCAAAAUGUUAAUCAGUCAUUGAAGUUAAAUAGGUGUAAAACAAAACCCAAAGCUUUAAGCAGUCUGCACUUUUACAGCACUUUUUUUGGAGCAAAACCAAGGAUAUUAGCCAGGCUAUCCUAACUAAAAUCUGUCCUUGAUAAUUAGAUUUUAGCAAAUAGGAAGGAAAAACCUUGUUUUUCAGUCAAAGUUCUUCAUAUCUCUUCCUGUACGUUGUGCUGUGCAUUGUCCCUGUUAAAUUGUCCCUAGCGGUAACGGUGUUUUAGUGGUAGGCAAGCGAUCCCUAUAUAUACAAUAUAUAAAGCAGUUUGGAAGGGAUGAAAGAUGCAUGUAACUAUAGGCUUUAUAGCUCUGGCAUUUUAACCCUUUCUCCUUCUGCCUGUGGUACUCACAGGUGAUGGAUCUCAGGACUAAGUAUUUCCACGUUGCUUUCUCUUGUAGUCUAUCAUUUGGCUAAUGACUUUGCUUUCCAUCUCUACUGGGAAUAAGCACUCGGGAAUCGGGCUUGUCAGGAGAGAGGAAGUCACUGCACUUUUUAUUAGCUGCACUAGCACUUAACUGACUCUGAGUCUGCUCAGGAUUCUGGAAUCAUCAAGUUCACCCUCAGUACGCUCAAAGGAGUAACACAGGCAUUAGCAGCAUCACUUCCAUACUAACACUACAUUAUCAUCAGUGUAACUAGUAAUUUAUCCCUAGCAUUACAAGCUCACUGGCAAUAUAUAAAAUCCAGAUGUCCGAGUCCCUGUGCUUCAGGGCGUGAAAUGAUCACCCAUUGGUGGGGUCUGAGAAGGAAUUUCCCUCUUGUUUGACACUAUGGGGUUGGCAAGGUGCAUUAUGGGGGCUUUUUGCCUUCUGCUUAAGCAUCUAGCGUUGGCCACAGAUGAACUGGGAUUCUGAACUAGAUGGACCAAUGCUCAGGUUUUAUAGGAAAUCUGUUCCUCUUUGCUGUUUGUUCUUUCUUCCAAAACCCCAAGUGAUGGGUUAUAGUUGGAUUGAAUUUUAUAUCUAAACAAUCAGUGUUUUGUGUGUGUGGCUGAGGAAGAGAUUUUUCUGCCUUGUAGACUGGGAGUUGCAUGAAAUUUGAGUUGGUGCAGCAAACUCUACAUCCAGGGAACGACAUGCACACUUAUAACUGAAAUAUUGUCUUUAAACUGGGCCACAGAAUGACACAUCCUUCUUCAGUUUAACCUGACAAGAUUCCUUUUUCUCUCAAUGCCUGGGGGAGGGGGGGAGUUUCCUGCUCUUUUUGUUCUUGCUCCUGUGAGUCGUUUUAAAGUAAACAGUGCACUACACUGCUGGCAACCCAGAGGUUGCAGCCUUAUGCUACCUCAUAUGAACUGCCAAGUGCAAGUUUGGACAAGUUGAGACUUACACAAAGAAUACAUCAAGGUCAUAAGUAAAAAAAACAAAUCACUCAUCUAUUUAAUCUCUAAAAUGAAGUUAGUCACUAGAUAAAGGAAAUAAAGGCUGUUGAAUCUGAAAAUGUCUCUUAAAAAUUCUUAAUGGGAUAAAAUUUGUUCACAUCUGUGUAUUGAUGCUCAUGUACCAAUAGCUAUGCAAGCUGUCAAUCUUUAAAUAAA